CUUAUAAAAAAGCAAUGUGGAUCUAUAGCGAGAACAAGAAAAUGGCAAGUGUAGAGUCCAGGACUCAUGAAAUGCCACCUAUUUCCAAACCAGUUAUUGUGGGAAAAUCAUAUAGAGACGCCGUCCUAUCGCAAAAAGUAAAUAAAAAUUCCGACGACACCGUCGAACCAUGCGCAGCCCAAGAGUUGAAGAAUAAUACGCAACUGCAACAAGAGAUGACAGAUCAAGACAUUCGACAGAAUGAGAAUGUGAAAAGCCAGGAAGAGGCCCAGCAACCAAGACAAAUCAUAUCCCCAUCACCCUUGAACUCCCCUAAUAACGAAGAUUUUACCGCUAGGGAUAACAACGAGAGCUCCACGGUUUUUACACAAAUUAUUGAAGGACCGGUACUCCUCUGGAAUCAUCAGCCAAGUCAGCCAAACAUUUCAAUAUGAUUUCCUUUUCUAAUAGAAGACUCUUUUUGGACACAAUUUUCUUCUUCAAAAUCUUAAAAAAUUAAAUUACUGCCCAAUUUUGCUACAAAAUAUUAUGUUUAAUGUACCGCAUCGCUCCUUACGUCGACGUAAUUUGUUUUAUGUGAGUUUCGCACGUACUAAUUAUUCCAGACAUACUUUUUUCAAACGAGCAUCGAAAAAUUAUAAUGAGUAUUUUUGUGACAUCGAUCCAUUUAUGCACUCUCUUGCUGUUUUAAAAGAACUUACGAAAUCCAAACUGUUGUUGAUAAAAUAAAUUAUACCUAAUGUUUUACUUAUCU